AUGGCCAAGCGCUGGGGAUUUGGCAUCACAUUCUUUCUUGCUGCAUUAGCACUCGUGCUAGGAAUUUCUUUCAUGGCUGCUGGAAUAAAGCGAAGCGACAGGCCGCUAGCAACAGGGGACAACAACCUAACUUACGCCGACAACAGUUCAUCAAGUAGAUAUCCACUCAUUCAGCAACAGGCGCUUGGAGCCGCGCCUUUGCCGUCAGUCUAUGGACGUGGCUAUAACGUGCGUAAAAGCGAGACAGACCUUAAAGGUUCGCCCGGACGGGAUGUAGUUGGACGUGGCAUCGACAAGGACAAUUACAAGCAAAUUGAAUUUAAAACAUUCAGGCGCCAUAAAUUAGAAGCUUCGAAUCUGGAAACAAGGGUAGAUAAACGAAACCAACCGGGCGGAUAUGAAAGUUACAAAGGAGAUAGAAGCGAGAGUCUCUACCAGCCCAGGAUGCAGAUAGUGCACAGUAGCGUGCAGGACACUGUGUACGGACCAGAUAGGGGCAAAGGAGAUGCGAGAAGGGAGGGCCUCCGCGGAGGUCCCGAAACAGGGAGUCAGAAGAAGACGAAAGAGAAAUGGCAUGAAGCUGGCACGCAGGACGGAAAGUACGACGCUGGUCGGGAAGAAGCAGUCGUGACCAGCAAGACCCACGACUCCGCCGGAGCUGACAUCAUGGCCGUGAGGGCCAAUUCAGGCAAAACGGUUUGCAAUACAGCAGACUGCGAAUACAUGCGCUGGAUUGUGAAUGCUUCCGUGGACACUAGAAAGAACCCGUGCAGUAACUUCUACGAAUAUGCCUGCGGCAUGGCUAACAAGGCAUUGGAAAAUGAUGACAGCAUGGUGAAAGGGGGCAUGCUCCAUAUUAUCACUGAGAGACUGCUCGAUGCAGUCGCGGAAACGCUGUACCAUGCGUACCUGGGGAGAACCAGCAAUCAAACUGGUUUCGAAAAAGUCGCUGCUCUCUACGUCGCCUGUCAGAACAACACGGAGACUUUCGACGAUGCGGAUCGAAACUCGGUUGUAAAUUUUCUGACGGAUCAUCAUAUGUUGCCGACGGAAAACUUAACUUUCGACCCACUAGACAAACAGAUUGAGUUGAUGUUUGAGGGUUUUGCACUGACGUUCAAAUUAGCUGCAGUUCCAGCAGUUCUGACAAGGGAUGUGAAAUUCUUUUUGAGACUGCCAAGUGACCUCGAUUUCCUUCGCUGGGGACCGAUGGAAUCCUUUGACAAAAGGCGAAAUACGUAUGAAGAAGUCUUCAAAGACAUCUUCCCUGCAGCUGCAUUCAAUGAGACAACGUUAAACGAAUUCCUCAUUGGGGAACACGAAUUAAUAGAGAUUUUGAGGAUGAAGUACAGAAAGAAUUUGCGCCUGAUCCCCAUGACACAGGUAGGUCUCGUGCUUCAAGACAAAGGUCUCACAGACAGAUGGAUUACAGCCCUCGAAAUGCACACAAAUUGGCGCCUUCCUGCACGCCAUACGCUUCAUGCAUCAGAGCAAGAUAUACACUUUCUGCACAAUCUCUUCGGAAGUGAGGCCAAGAUAAGUACAGGUUCGUUGCGGAAGUUCCUCGCCUGGCGAGUAAUAUUCUUGAUUUACGGAACCUCGAACCACGUGUUGCAUCGCACCAGGAAGCAAUGCUUAUACGAAACGGUCAUUGCAUUCCCGUUCGUAGCACUGUCCGAGGCGAUCUUCCAGACAGAAGGAAUCACCAAAGAGAAAAUGUUUGCCGCCCAACAGAUGACGCAAAACAUAUUGGAUGAAAUUGGACGCACUCUGAAAGGGUCACCGUGGCUGGAGCGCAAGACGCGAGUAGACGCGCAUCAGAAGUUAACCAGCGUUUCACGCGUCGUCGGCUUCCCUCUCGGACUGUGGAGCAGUGAAGCAAUCGACCAUUAUAUGAUGGACGUUCCGGACGUCGGCAAAUCUUUUCUCGCCAGCACUAUUGAAGUCGUGAAAGCAGUCACGAAGAGAGACUGGGAUCUCUUCUUGGACGCCAAAUCGUUUGACGCAGUUCUUGACCUCUUCAUAUCCAAAAUUGCCAAAAUGUACCUGGCGAACGCAACGUACCUUUGGGACUACAAUGCCCUGGUCCUCUCUCCGGCUGCAAUUGCUAAGCCCGUGUUUAUCUACGGCGGGCCUCCCGAAGUCAAUUACGGAGCCCUGGGUCGUCUGGUUAGCUCUGAAAUAAUGCGCGCCUUCGACGAAAUUGGACAAAAGUAUGACGCUGCCGGCCAACCCGACGACUGGUUUACGAACGGCAGCAAAAUGGCUUUCGCUGAGAAACUCAGGUGCCACCGGGAAAGACUUGAGGCUUCUCCCCUUGCGAGGCGCUACGGAGAUCACCCGCAGUAUCUCACCGACAUCAUGAGUGCGGACACUCUGCUCAGAGCCUACAGGAAAGCCUCGGACGAGUCAUCUGUUACCUUGGGCUAUGUCAAGGGGCUGACCAGUGAACAACUGUUCUAUGUGUCCUGGUGCUUGCUCUGGUGCGGAAAGGACAUGCCGGGAGAACCACCACUAGAAGGAAAGUGCAACCUGCCUCUCAUGAACACUGAAGAUUUUAGCGAAGCUUUUAAGUGCCCCAUCGGUGCUCCAAUGAACGCCGUUAAAAAGUGCCAAUUCUGGUAA